AUGCGUUUAACACACGAUGACUACACGGUCGCCUGGAUAUGCGCCCUCCCGAUAGAAAUGGCCGCAGCAAAGGCCAUGCUAGACUCGACGCACGAGCCCCUACCCCAGCCCAAAACCGACCAUAACGUGUACACGCUUGGGACUAUCCAAGAGCACAAUGUGGCACUAGUGUGCCUACCAGCAGGGGUCUACGGGACGGUUUCAGCCUCGACGACCGUGUCGCAUAUGGCGUCAACUUACUCGAAUCUUCAAUUCGGGCUGAUGGUUGGUAUUGGAGGCGGGGUUCCUCGGGGAUCGCAUGCGGCUGCAGCGGAUAUUCGACUCGGCGAUGUGGUUGUGAGCAAACCAACUGGGUCUUCAUCUGGGGUGAUUCAGUAUGACUACGGCAAGACGAUUCGCGAAGGGAGGCUUCAGCGUACGAGUUUACUUAACAAACCCCCGCAAGUCUUAUUAAAGGCAAUAGCACACCUGGAAGGUGAACAGAUGGCGGGGAAUAGGCGGAUUCGGGAUACGCUGGCCCAGAUGGACCCUAGAAUCAGGGAGCAAUUUCCACGACCGCAAACCGAUAUGCUCUUCAAGGCAGGGUAUUAUCAUGAAAAGCCUGAAGUAGGCUGCGUUGCUUGCGAUUCGGUCCAGCUGGUUGAUCGUCCUUUACGAAGUAGGCCUGAUGAGCCGUAUAUCAACUACGGCCUAAUUGCGUCCGCGGACCAGGUUAUGAAAGAUGCCAAGACGCGCGAUUCUAUUGCAGCGGAACUGGACGUUCUUUGCUUUGAAAUGGAGGCUGCUGGGAUCAUGGAUGAGCUGCCAUCUCUUGUGAUACGGGGGAUCUGUGACUACUGUGAUUCUCACAAGCAUAAAGAAUGGCAGCCGUAUGCAGCUUUGGUUGCUGCUGCAUAUGCGAAGAUUUUGCUAUCCACGGUUCCAGUUGUUAUGAACAAGGACAGACACCGAGAAAAAGAUGGGUUUACUGCGGAUGAAAAGGAAUGUUUACAGAGCCUGUUUCUCACAAACCCAGAAGAUGAUAAGAAUGCACUGCGAAGACGAAAAGGGGGCCGUGUGGCUGGAACAUGCGAAUGGAUACUGAAAACCGACGAGCUUAUGAGUUGGCUUCAAAUGUCAGAGCCCCAAGGCGAAGGAGGUUCAAAUGUCCUGUGGCUGUAUGGCAACCCUGGAACUGGAAAGUCGACAAUGGCAAUGACAAUGGCAGAGGAGCUCCCAAAACAGCAAGCCUUUACGAACGGAAGCAAAGUCCUGGCCUAUUUCUUUUGCGACUCUAGCAACGACAAACAGCGUACGGCUGUCUCAAUUUUACGUGGUCUAAUCCAUUAUCUGGUGACGCAACGCCCAUACUUGGCCAAGUUCCUGCCAAAGCAUAGCGAGGGAAAGACGAACUUGAAUAGCUCUUUCGAUGCAUUAUGGAGUGUCCUGAUGGAGAUGGGAAAGGACUCCGCCGUUGAGAUAUACUGUAUCAUUGACGCUCUGGAUGAAUGCGAAUCGGAUUCGCAGCAAGACUUUAUUCGCCAGGUUUAUCAAUCAUUCGGAGAGCAGCAAACGGCAGACUCACCACCAUCUCAUCUCCAUAUUCUGAUAACUAGUCGUCCGUAUCCAGAGAUCGGCGAAUAUCUGUCUCACUUCAGAAGCAAAGAUCUCGCCUCCUACAGAGCCGUUGAGGAUGACCUCAGAGUUAUGAUUGAAGCAAAGGUUAAGGAUCUGGCUGCGAGAAAAAAGUACCCAGACUCAGUGAGAAGAGAUGUCUCGAGAAUCCUAGCAGAGAAAGCCGAAGGAACAUUUCUAUGGGUAGGAAUUGCCUGCAGUGAAUUGGAUCGACCAAAAGCACAAUCUAAGCGUGCUGUUAAGAUGCUUAGGGAAAUGCCACUGGGAUUGCACGCUUUGUAUGGGCAGCUACUGAGCACGGCUCUGGCCGACAUAGGGGAGGAUGAUGACGAGAAGGAAGCCAUGAAGAACAUGAUGAAUUUUGUUGCUUUUACGAGGCGGCCAUUGACUGUGCGAGAGCUAGCAGGUCUUUGUCAACUAUAUCCUGGCGACGAUGAAGACAGCCGUCUUCAAUUCACAAAGGACCUGGUUGAGCAAUGCCGCUUGAUGAUUAUUAUUCAAGGUGGGUAUGUACGGCUUCUACACAAGUCAGUGAAAGAUUUUCUUGUCAAGGAAAAGCUUGAUAUUGAGGAGCUAAAAGCUCAUGCUGAUAUGGCAAACCACUGCAUCGACCAUAUCCUGGACUGUGUUGAGACUGCCAGCCAUGAGAAAGCCUCGUUUCUCGGAUACGCAGUCAAGUAUUGGCCUGAACAUGCAGGGCUUGCCGAUACAGCUUGGGCGGUAGAUCCGCAGCAAGAAUCAUUUUUCGAGCCAGAUUCAAGGGCUUGGGAGACGUGGCAGGCAUGGUACGAUUUCAUGGCCGUGGGUUUAUCUAAUGCCAUCGAGGAAGGCUUCGGCAUAUUCCAUGCAGCAGCAAGGUGGAGGAUUAUACCGUUGAUUCUAUGGGGGUUCAAGACAAACCUGGAUCAGCACGAAAGAACAUACCAUGAUGCAGAGUUUCAAACAGUGACUGGAGUUACACCACUAGAAGAAGCGGCCCGAAAUGGUCAUACCAAUGUCGUGGUCACUGUAUUGAACAGUAUAAAAGCUGGAUUGCGAGUUUCCACGCGAGUUAUCAGUGCUGCUGCAGGGAACGAGGAAAGCGGGUAUGAUCUGAUGAAGCUCCUGCUGAGCCAACAAGAAAACCACGCUGAGAUCAAUGAAGAGGUGCUGCAGAGUGCAGCAAAUAAUGGGCAGAGUGGAAAGAAAAUCAUGGAACUCCUCCUAGAUCAACGGGAAAGCCAAAUACACGUCAGUGAAGAAGUGGUGAAGGCUGCAGCAGCCAACAGGCGGAGUGGAAGAGAAGUUAUGGAAUAUCUCCUAGACCGAAAGGGAGAUCAGGUCCAGCUUACAGAAGAAGUGCUGAGAGCAGCCGCACGAAAUGCAUACAGUGGCCAAGAUAUUCUGGCACUGCUCUUAGACCGCAGAGAAGGUCUUAUCCAGAUUACAGAAGAGGUAGUCAAGGAUGCAAUGUACAACGAGAGAAGUGGAGAGAAAAUCAUAGAACUCCUCCUGGACCGGCAAGGCAAUCGAAUUCCAGUCACUGAAGCUGUAAUCAAAGCAGUAGCAAGAAGUACAGUCAGGAGCAGGAAAUUACAGCAGCUUCUCAGUGGAAAAUGCCUUCAAACUCUGAUCACAGAAGAGGUGCUCAAAGCAGCAGCAGGCAACCAUGUCCAGGGGUUGGCAAUGACGAAAUUCUUCCUGGAUGAAUGUCUGGAUUCCAAUUACUGCGUGGCCCCGGAUGUCUUGAUUGCUGCUCUGUGCUAUCAGCAUGAAACCAAACUUCCUUCCUUGCUACUUGAACGCACACCUGAGCAGUUUGAUCUUACAGAAGAUAUCUGGGAGGCUGCUAUCUACAACAAGUAUAGUACUGAGCAUGUGCAGCUACUUCUAGAGUAUAAAAAAAAGGUGCACGUUGUCCUUACAGAGCGAUUGCUGAUGGCAAUCUCAUCACACAACUGGACGCAUCGGAAAGGAUUGAUAAUGCUCCUUCUCAAUGCUGGUUGGAGUUGCACCGUGAACAAAAGAGUCCUCGACAUUACUGUCCGCUGGUUUGAUGCCGAUGUGAUGAUGUUGCUUUUACAGCAGCUAAAUGGACAGUUAAAAAUCACCGAAGAUGAAAUAAUAGCAGCAUUUCCUGAGGACAACAGGAUACAACGGCAAGGUAUAUCUUCGCUUAGGGAUAUGCAACCCACUGUCCAGACCCCCAGUAUAGCAGAAGAUCUGCCAGCACAAGACGCAGCGUACCAAUUGGGUUCUUUAAUACAGACGCAAGUUCUUGAUGACCACGAUGAUGAAGUCUGGGUCUUGGAAUUCUCUCAUGAUGGCCUCAACCUCUGCACAGCAGGCCGUAGCGGCCGUCUAAUCGUUUACGAGACCAUGACCUUUAGCAUAAUACACAGCCUGCGUGGGCAUGUAAAAUACGUCCGGUGUCUCGCAUACAGCCCCAAUGAUACAAGAUUAGUGACAUCAGGUCACGAUGGGCUCGUUCGGAUCUGGGACACAAAGCUUUACAAGUGCCUACAUAUAUUUGGAGAUAGACAACUGGCAAAUUCGCUACUUUGGGUUACCGACCAAGAGAUCAUUAUUUCAACCUCCAACUCUGUCCGGCACUUCAGCACAACUGGGCUGUGCAUAUAUGAGUGGCGGAACACUUUCAGCGAACAUAUAACCUGUUGCUGCAUAACACCAGACUGUACUCGUUUACUGGUCUCUAACAACAGGGAAAUGCACGUUAUUGAUAUCAAAACAAGGGCGCGGAAGUUCUCGUUCGCGGUAGAUGCUCCUCCGUUGUCCUUGACAGUGGACCCUAGUUCUCGUUAUUUGCUUGCCAACCUGAUUCGUGGUCGUGGGGUUCAGCUGCUUGACUUCAACCAGGGAACGGUUAUCCGUCAAUUCCGGGGGAACCGUGAGAACGGAUUCGUGGUAAAAAGCAAUUUCUUUGGCGUAGACCAGAGUCUAGUCCUAAGUGGUAGUGAAGAUCCCCGUAUAUAUGUAUGGGAUCGGGGUUCUGGUGCCCUUGUGGAUAUCUUGGAAGGACAUGAAUCAGGCUGCAUAAGCUCUGUCACACCAAAUCCACGCAACCCAGACAUGUUCGCAUCUAGCGGAGACGAUUGCACUGUACGCAUUUGGGUUCGAAAGAGAGGGGCGCUGAGUGACUGA